CAUUUGGGGGAUAUCUGUACUGUUCCUGACAUUUGUGGGGAUAUCUGUACUGUCCUGACAUUUGGGGGAUAUCUGUACCGUCCUGACAUUUGGGGGGAUAUCUGUACUGUCCUGACAUUUGGGGGAUAUCUGUACCGUCCUGACAUUUGGGGGGAUAUCUGUACCGUCCUGACAUUUGGGGGAUAUCUGUACUGUCCUGACAUUUGGGGGAUAUCUGUACUGUUCUGACAUUUGGGGGAUAUCUGUACCGUUCUGACAUUUGGGGGAUAUCUGUACUGUCCUGACAUUUGGGGGAUAUCUGUACUGUCCUGACAUUUGGGGGAUAUCUGUACUGUUCUGACAUUUGGGGGAUAUCUGUACUGUCCUGACAUUUGGGGGAUAUCUGUACUGUUCUGACAU